AGCCCCCACCGACCCCUUGGGUGGACGGCGGGGGAGUGUCAGAUUCCUACGGACUAAAACCCCACGGCGACCAACACUGGUGCUAAUCAAGUGGUUAUCAUUCAACGAACGUCUUAAAGUUAAUGCAAAUAAUCUUUACUUUGAAUUUUUAUCAAAAAUUUGAUGCUCGAUUGAUACUGUAGUACUAUCAUUGUAAGAGUACUUACACAUAUAACAUUUUUCUGCCUUGUUUUCGGGCAUGCUUACAACGUCUCAGCGUCACUCACAGACAUGUUUUCGCGUUAUUAAAAGGAAGGAUUUGUUAAAUUAUGAAAUUACAUGUAAAAACAAUACAAUCUAUAUAUUAUGUAAUUGUAUCUUGCAUACUACUCUCUACAAUAAGUCUUUUUGCACUUAUGGAUACUCCACAUUACUUCUUAAAUAUAAUAAUAUAAAACAAAUAUAUUUGUGUUAAUUAUUGUCUUUGAACAAUGUUUUUGUUUGUGAUGUUUCAAACAAAAUUAAUCGAUAUAUUUCUGUAUUAUUAAGACGCAUCAUAUAUAGAAAAUACACUGCAGUAUAAGUGCUAUGCUAUGCGUUCUUGUACCCAUAAAAUAUCAUUGAUUUAAAAAAACUUGUUUUGUGAAUGAAAAUGGAAGUUUUAAGUCAUUUUGAUCAUAUCGACGAAAGUGUGGAUGACAAUACAAUUAGCAAUGACAAUGUUGGCGUCGUUCUAGAGGAAGCAGAAAUAAUAGAUUGUGAUACAGAAAUAGAGACUGUCGCAGAAGAGGAUAAUAUACAGUAUCAGUUGUGUGAAGUUAAUAGGAAUGAUAAUGCAGUAGCAUAUCAUGUAGUACAAGUUGGUGAUAAUCAUACAAAUAAUGCUGAAUUGUCAUUAGCUGCACCUAUAAACAAUGCUGUCCAAGUACUAACAUCUCCAAUAAAUGGUCAACUUUAUGUACUUAGCAAUGGUAAUGAAGUAGUCACCACUGAUUCUACAAGAUCGGUUGCACCAAGAGUCAAACUUCAAAUAGAUAAUCCACAAACCAUUCUUACUAAUAUUAAGAAGAGGGAUGAAAGAAGGAGAGUAACACACAAUGAGGUUGAAAGGCGCAGAAGGGAUAAAAUUAAUAAUUGGAUAUCAAAGUUAGGAAAACUUUUACCAGAAUGUGAACAAAGUACAACAGGAGAUGCUGAGGUAAAAACAAAUUUUGAACUACAGAGUAAAGGGGGAAUUUUAGCAAGGGCUUGUGAAUAUAUCACAGAAUUAAGAGAUGUACAAGAAACUCUCUCACAGAGUUUAGAUGAAAAUGCUCAGUUAUUAGAAGAAGCUAAAACUUUGAGACAAGUAGUUAAUCAAUUAAGAAAAGAAAAUUCUGAACUGAAGGCACAGAUAUCGAAUAGUACGACUUACAUACUUGGUACUUAAUUUUUAAAAAUUCCUAAGAUAGAUGCAAAUAGGUAUGAUUUGUUUGAAAACGAUUUUUCUGUGAGUACAAUUUUAUUUAAAGUAUCAUGUACUUUUGAUUGUACUUGAGCAAGUAAUAUGUGGGAGACGCGUACAAUUUAGUGCAAUAAAUUAAUAGUAAUAUAGUAAUUAUAAAAUGUUUAUUUACAUAUAUUUAACUGAGUAAAUAUUUAUAUUUUGAAAACAAUUGUAAACAUAUUAUGUAACUUUAACUGUACAUAUCAUAAACAAUAAUUAUUUAUAACGUGAACAAUCGAGCAAAGAGUAAUUUAUUAGUAAAUCAUUAAAUUAGAUAUACAAAUAUACAAAACAUCGUGCUAUUCAAUCAAUAAUAAUAAUCUUUAUCCAAAAGUUAUAUGUCAUUCAGUUUUAAAUUCCUUAUUGCCUAGAGUGUGUUGAAGUUCUUGCUAAUGAAGAGUUCUACAAUAUUUACACUUAUAAAGUACAAUACCUAGUUAUUUACAUGAAACAAAGUGAUACCAUUGUUGUAUCAGUUGUUUUCAUCUUUUCUUCCUCGUCGUUUAAAUUCAUCAUAACGCAGGAUGCGCGUGUAUAUCAAUGUAAUAUUAAUAUAUACGCACGGCCGGCAAUAUUAAAUACAAGGGAAAAUAUAUGCGUUUACAUAUAUAUGCAACAGCCUAAACUGUUAUUACAGUAACGCCUAAUAAUAUUAUUGCUUCAAAGCACAUUAUUUUGACGUUUGUGCAGAAAUCGUUUCAAUAUUCCCAGAGUAAUAACACAAAUUAACGGGCUUGUAAUUAUGUAUGUACAUGUAACCGUUAGAAAGAACAAAUAUCGAAUUAUAAAUUACCCUAUUUGUUAAAACUUCAUUGUGUAUUUUCUUCAUUUAGAUAUGUAGAGCAUGGUCAAUGAAAAUAAUAAAUUAUUACAGUGCGUCUUUUGUUCAACGACAUAUUACGUGGAUAAUUGUAAUAUUACUCUGGCAAUUGAUAGAAGUUUUACCUCUUUAUUCAUGUAAAUGGAAUGAAAUGGAUGAAAAGUUAUGUAUGAGUUGUGCAAAUACGGCGGUAUUAUCGUUUCAGCAUUCCCCUCUUAAACACGAAAAUGCUUUUCUUCCUUACAUUUAGUCACAUUGGCCAUUAUACUUGUUCUUACACAACAAUGCUUGUAACGAAAUUGCGUUCGAACAAAUAAAAAUUGUCCUAUAAAAAUAACUCUUGAAUGAGUUACAGUUCAGCAA